UGGGAGGGGAUGGGCAGGGCAGCUAAAUAUAGUGCUGAGGCCAGGGCUCAGUCUGGGAGGGUCUGUCUGCUAUUCACUGGGCACCCAUCACCCGUGGUGUCCCCUGUCCUUGCUCUGAGCUUGCUGUUUGCCUCUUGCCUGUCUUCAGGCACAGCUCUGAUCCCUCUUCGGUUAGGCCUGACCUUGACUGGGCCUCUUGGGAGUCUCUUUUUGCUUAAGAUCUCCAAUCAGACCUGCCUGCCAUGUCGGCUGCGCCCGGCCUCCUGCACCAGGAGCUGUCCUGUCCGCUGUGCCUGCAGCUGUUCGACGCGCCUGUGACGGCUGAGUGCGGCCACAGCUUCUGUCGCGCCUGCCUGAACCGCGUGGCAGGGGAGCCCGCGGCGGACGGCACGGUGCUCUGCCCGAGCUGUCAGGCACCCACGCGGCCGCAGGCGCUCAGCACCAACCAGCAGCUGGCGCGUCUGGUGGAGGGGCUGGCGCAGGUGCCGCAGGGCCACUGCGAGGAGCACCUAGACCCGCUCAGCAUCUACUGCGAGCAGGACCGCGCGCUCGUGUGCGGCGUGUGCGCGUCGCUCGGUUCUCACCGCGGCCACCGCCUGCUGCCCGCCGCCGAAGCCCAUGCACGCCUCAAGACACAGCUCCCACAGCAGAAGCUGCAGCUGCAGGAGGCAUGCAUGAGAAAGGAGAAGAGUGUGGCCGUGCUGGAGCAUCAGCUGGCGGAGGUGGAGGAGACAGUACGUCAGUUCCGGGGGGCAGUGGGGGAGCAGCUGGGCAAGAUGCGGUUGUUCCUGGCUGCACUGGAGGGCUCCUUGGACCGCGAAGCAGAGCGUGUGCGGGGUGAGGCAGGGGUCGCCUUGCGCCGGGAGCUGGGGAGCCUGAACUCUUACCUGGAGCAGCUGCGGCAGAUGGAGAAGGUGCUGGAGGAGGUGGCAGACAAGCCACAGACUGAGUUCCUCAUGAAAUACUGCCUGGUGACCAGCAGGCUGCAGAAGAUCCUGGCAGAGUCACCACCCCCUGCCCGUUUGGACAUCCAGCUGCCUGUCAUCUCAGAUGACUUCAAAUUCCAGGUGUGGAGGAAGAUGUUCCGAGCCCUGAUGCCAGCGCUGCAGGAGCUGACCUUGACCCGAGCACGGCCCACCCGACUGCACGCCGUGCCUUCGCAGGGCUUCUGGCUGCUCGGGCUGCGCGACGCCAAGAUCCUGGAGGCUCACGUGGAAGCCAAGGAGCCGCGCGCGCUGCGCACCCCAGAGAGGCGGCCGACGCGCAUCGGGAUCUACCUAAGCUUCGGCGACGGCGUCCUCUCCUUCUACGACGCCAGCGACGCCGACGCGCUCGAGCUGCUCUUUGCCUUCCACGAGCGCCUGCCCGGGCCCGUGUACCCCUUCUUCGACGUGUGCUGGCACGACAAGGGCAAGAACGCUCAGCCGCUGCUGCUCGUGGGGCCUGACAGCGGCGGGGAGGCCUGAGCCGCCUGUCGGGUUGGGGAGGGGUGCGGGGUCCUGCCCGCCUGGCAGGAGACGGGGUCAGGGGGGCCAGCGUGGAAGGCAGGGCCAAGGGGGUUGGGGACGGGGGACUCCAAGCGUUCUGAGAAGUUGGGGGUUGGCAUGAACAGGGACUGCCAGCAAGGGGUUGGGGUGGUGGCAGGGAAAGGGGGAUCUGAUGUCAGGUCAGUGGGGGACUCGGGUUUGGGAACCAGGGGGCCAGGGGUUCCAGGAAGAAGGAGGUGGGGUGGGGGAAGGGAAAGAGGCGCGGGUCUGGGGAGGACUGAGGGGAGGAGCAGGAGAACUCAGUACAGUAAGGAGACCCUGCAGCCUCCCACUCCCCUCUGCCGUGGGGGCCUCAGGUGGGGUCCAGACUCACCAUACAGAAAGGCCUUCCGCUGGGUGAUGAUCCUCCAACUUGAUCGUGCAUCAGAAUUGCCUCUUCAAAGCACCUAGCAGUGACCUGUUAAAGCACGGAUUGCUGAGUUCCUGAUUCCAUAGGUCAGGUGCAGGCCCCAAAUUCGCCAACAAGUUCCCGGGUGCUGCUCAUGUUGUAGGUCACAAGCAGGCUCCCACCUGAGAAACUGCUGACCUAGCCAUCAUCUGUUCAGUCAGAUCUCGGUGGUACAGAGUCAGUUAUCACAGAGCCACCAGGCACAGAAAACCCAAAAUAUAGUCCUUCAUUCAACAGCCAUUUAAAAACUGCCAGAGCCUGUGCUGGGUGAAUAAACUGACCCCCAACUGAUUGCCCUUGGCCUCUGGAAUAUGUUCACUGAGUGUCUCGGACUUGGAGGAAAUCCUCCUAGUUCCCAACCAAGAGAAAGACUCUGAUGCCAGCCCCACCCUGGGCCUGCUGCUUGUGGAGGAUGGAGGGCUCCCUGCCUCAUUGACAUGCUCCUCCCCCGGUUGGCUCAUCGCGGCUUACUUGCUGGUUCACACCUUUGGUUUUAGCUCAAUGGCCCAUUUCUUGGGCUCUUGAGUAACCAUUGAGGCCAGGAGCAAGAGUCCCUCUUCCCUGGAGGGAGAGGCUUUUGGGGAUUCAGGCUGGUGGGAUGGAGGUUGCUGCCCCUCCCAUUCUAAGGGAGGGUGAAGGCCUGGGGCCAUUUGCCAUCACCAGCGGGGAUGCUGAUGUGUGAAAAGGUCUGGUGCCAACGUGGGAGUUUUCCUGUGCGGAUGGGGUGGAGAGAAAGAAGGAUUAUGGGCAGGGUAGAAAGACCUCAAGGUCUGGCUGGGGGUGCACUCCUGGCUGUGUCUCCCAGGGGAGGUCCUGUGGCACCCUGGCUCUUCUGAGACACAGAAGAGAGGUUUAAUUUGAGAAGCUCUUUCAUGCUAGGAAAUAAAACCGUAAAGGAAAAGGGUUAUUUGGUUGUAAAAUCCAGCAGCAUUAAUAAAAGCGAUUAUAUUCUGA